GUCGAGGGGUGGCCGACUCGGAAGUCGGAACUAGGAACCUCGCGACUUUUCUUCCACGGAUUUUUUGUUGCCGGUUAGGGCAUCGUCUCAUUGCACAAAGAAGCAGCGCCCUCCUCCUCCGCAGCAGGCCACCACCAUCAUUUCUCUCACUCUCUCUCUCGCAAGAGCUCAACCGCCGACCGCCAGUACUCUCUCCUCCUGCUGCACCGCCUGUGGAGCUAUCACCUCUGAACGCCACUGUUAUUGCUAUCUCGCUGCUUUCCCAUCCGACCCCGUCCUCAUCCUCUUUCCCCCUUCAACUUUCCCUUUUUGUGUUGAUUUCUGUGCGGCUCAAUCUGAAACUGUUCGUCUGUGUGUUGAUUUUCUGUGUGAGUCAAUCUGAGAUUGUUCGCCUGUGUUUUGUUGGUUUUUGGGUUCUGGUAGAGCAUUUGGGAAGGGGAGUUGGGAGGAUUGAAGAAUCGCGCAUCUGUGGAGGCGGAUCAAGAAUCUGAAUCGUGAACGUCUUAAUCAGUAAGAAGAGUUUAAUGUUUCUGCAACAAAUGGGAAAGAAAGCAUAGCAGAUUUGAGAUUUCAUUCGUUGUGCUCGUGACUUCUUCAUCUUCGUUCUCUUUGUUAUUGCCAGUAUGCCCGGGCUAGCUGAAAUAUUGCUGCUCCCGGCACCACCUUCUGAUGGAAACCUUGGCCCCCUUCCGGCAGCCCAAGUUGCAGAGGAAUCGCCGGACAAAGCUGCACAACCGCAGGAUCAGAAACCUGCAAAUGCUGCACCUGCUCCUGUGGCAACCCAUACGAAAACAAUCGGAAUAAUCCAUCCUCCCCCAGAUAUUCGCAAUAUCGUUGAUAAAACUGCAACUUUUGUCGCCAAAAAUGGGCCAGAAUUCGAGAAGAGGAUUCUGGUGAAUGAGAAAAACAAUGCGAAGUUCAAUUUUCUAAACCCUUCCGACCCUUAUCAUGCCUAUUAUCAGCAUAAGUUGACAGAAUUUCGCAAUCAACAACAGACUGCUGUUUCUGAACCUGUCUUGCAAGCUGGGGUUCGACCAGAGUCUAAGCCUGAAUCGGAAAAAGCUACUCAAGCGGGUGAAGAAGUUGUAAAACCUGACAUCUCCCAGUUCCUUCCUGUCCGUAAGGUUCUUGAGCCACCAGAGGCUGAACAAUACACAGUUAGACUGCCGGAAGGAAUCACAGCAGAGGAGUUGGAUAUCAUCAAACUGACGGCACAGUUUGUUGCCAGGAACGGAAAGCCAUUCUUGACUGGCUUGACCAGCAGAGAGAUUAACAAUCCUCAAUUUCAUUUUCUCAAGCCUACACAUAGCAUGUUUACUUUUUUUACAGCAUUGACUGACUCGUACUCGAAGGUCCUGAUGCCCCCUAAGGGACUGACGGACAAACUCAGGAAGAGCAUUACUGAUAUGACCACCGUCCUUGAAAGGUGUUUGCACAGGCUUGAAUGGGAGAGGACACAAGCUCAGGCCAGGCAGAAGGCAGAAGAUGAAAUUGAGCAGGAGAGGAUGAUGAUGGCUAUGAUCGACUGGCAUGACUUUGUUGUUGUUGAAACCAUUGAGUUUGUAGAUGAUGAAGACGAUGAAUUGCCUCAACCCAUGACCCUAGAGGAGGUUAUUAGGAGAAGUAAGAUGUCUGCCGUUGAAGAAGAGGAAAUGGAAGAAGCUGUUGAGCCUGGAAAAGAGGUGGAAAUGGAAAUGGAUGAAGAAGAGAUUCAACUUGUUGAGGAGAGUAUGAGGGUAGCAAGUAUCGACGAAAAUGAGGGUGAGAUGCAAAAUAAAUCUGGGGCUCCAGAUGAACAGGAGACACCAAUGAGGAUUGUCAAGAACUGGAAAAGGCCCGAGGAAAGGAUUGCAGCUGAAAGGGAUCCUACAAAGUAUGUUGUUUCCCCCAUCACUAAGGAACUGAUACCGAUUGAGGAGAUGGCAGAGCACAUGCGUAUUUCCCUUAUUGAUCCUAAAUACAAGGAGCAGAAGGAGCGGAUGAUGGCCAAGAUCAGGGAGACAACUCUUGCACAAGAUGACGAGAUAUCGAGAAACAUUGUUGGUCUUGCUCGAACUCGACCGGAUAUUUUUGGGACCACAGAGGAAGAGGUCUCAAAUGCUGUUAAGGCUGAGAUUGAAAAAAAGAAAGAGGAACAACCAAAACAGGUUAUUUGGGAUGGUCAUACAGGUAGUAUAGGCCGCACUGCAACUCAGGCUAUGUCUCAAAACCUUGCAGCAGAUGAAAUGUCAGAUCCUAAUGCUAAUGUUACUUUACCUGGCCCUGCUCCUCCUCCAAAGCCUGGGGUGCCAUCAGUUCGGCCUCUUCCUCCUCCUCCUGGUCUUGCCCUGAACAUUCCUCGCCCUCCAAGUGCUGUUCAGUAUUCUGCUCCUCCAGGUUCUGGGUUGAUCAUGCCUCCACCUGUGCCUAGGCCUGGUGUUAUUCCUAUGAUCUCUACUGUUAGGCCACCACCUCCUCCUCACCCCAUGGCUCUAGGUUCACAACCUAUGAUGUUGAACCGCCCCCCACUGCCUCCUAGCAUGAGCAUACCACCUCCACCAGGUGCCCAGUAUACUCCAUUGGGGGUUCAUAGACCGUAUAUGCCUAUGCCUGUCCCAUUGCCUUCAAUGUCCAUGGUUCCACCUCCUCCUCUUCCUCAAGGAAUACCUCCGCCACCACCUCCAGAGGAGGCACCACCACCGCUGCCAGAUGAGCCAGAACCAAAGAGACAGAAAGUGGAUGAUGUCUCCUUGAUUCCAGAGGACCAGUUCUUGGCACAAAAUCCAGGACCUACAUGUAUUUCUGUAUCUGUGCCAAGUCUUGAUGAAGGGAACCUCAAGGGGCAGGUUCUGGAAAUCACCAUGCAGUCUCUUUCUGAAACUGUUAGUAGUCUGAAAGAGAAGAUUGCAGGUGAAAUCCAACUGCCUGCAAACAAGCAGAAACUCAGUGGAAAGGCUGGUUUCCUCAAGGACAAUCUGUCUCUUGCUUAUUACAAUAUUGGGACAGGAGAAGUGCUGACACUUGCUCUGAGAGAACGUGGUGGCAGAAAGAAAUGAGAACUUGUUCGACCUUAUCUCAAUUUACUUUGUGGAGAUCCUACACUCCAUUAUUUUGGUUACAAUGUUUUAGCUUGUCAAUACUCCUAUGCAAGUAAACUUGCUUUGCCAUUUCUUGGCACCUUAUGUUAUACUGACCAUGUAUGUGGUAUAUGCUGCAGAUUGAUUCUCUUGACAGGUCAGAUCCAGUGAGUUCCUUGCCAGGAGUAUUUGAUUUGCUUCUUCUGUUUUCUUUUCAUUUGAGAUCAAAUGUGCUUCAGUUCUACUAA